CACGGAGCAUUAAAUUUCACCCACCAAUAAAUCCAUCCGCACUUCUUCUUCACUCCUAACUUCCGCACAGACCGACUCCCCCAUGCUCUAGAAACGUCGGCAGAUGGCGAUUUCCGACGCGGUGGUGGGGAAUUUGACGACACUCUACCUGGUGGUCAUCGCUGCCAUGAAGGCAUACGGCCUGGCUGUUGGGCGGAGCUUCAGCGGCGUCUGCGUUCUCGUCCUCUCGACCGCGGUUGUGGCGCUGAUCCUGAUUGCGAGCCUCACUUGGGAUGUGUCGCGGAAGGCGACGCGCGCGCUGACGACGCGCGAUCACGGCCACGAAAUGUGCCGCGGCGGCAUCUGCUGGCAUGGCGUCGCCGUCAAAUCGCCGGCGUCUCAGGUCCGGUUCCGUCUCCCUCAGCAACAUAAUCCUUGAGAAAUAAUCAUAAGAGUGCUGGUGCUGCAACUCAAAUUUUAAUUUACAAGUAUCAAAGUAAAGGCAAUUUGAAGGAAUCGAGUUUGGAUUGCUGGCGUUACUCCGGAACAUAAUCUCAUAAUAUUAUGUGCUUUAAUCCUUUUCUAAGAAAAAGAAGUGGGAAAAAAAACAUUCUACUAUAACCUAUAGGUGAAAAUAUAUUUUUUCCUUCUCUUUUCCGUUUUUCAUCUUCAAAUAUGAGUUCUUCUUUUCUCUUUAACUUUGUAAAUACUAAUCCACAAGUUCCUACAAUUUGUGUAUAUAUGAAAUGAAAUGUGCUGUAUAAAGAGUGCUUCUACAUUCUCUUCACGACUUUGUAAUGAUUUCACGCGGGAGUUGGAAGAUUACAAAGACAACGGGCAAAGUGGCAUGAAUUUUGAUGCUGUUCAUUAACAUAGUCAAUGGACUUUUCGGCGUUUUUAGUUGGGCGUGGUGAUGAUUUGAGUGUUAUACUUUCUCACUGUUGGUGUAAUUGUACUACGUUCUUUGAGCUUGCAAUCAACGUGAGAUUGACGAGCAAAUACCAUUAUGAGUCAAGUUUUUCAGUUUUUUGAUCGGUAGAGAUAGUUGAGUUUAGUGGGAUGCAAGGGUUCUUUUGGUUUUACUUCCCUUUGGUUGCGGAUACUGUAGCUCCAGUCUUUGCAAAGGUCUCUAGAUGUGUGCAAAGCCAGUGCCUUGAAAUGGACAAUUCAUCUUUGUAAUUUGGAAAAGAAUGGUCUAACUGAAACAGGGGAAUGCCCUUUUCUGUUC